CGGCAGCCGGAGAUGUGGGCAGCCCUGAGGGGAGCGCGGCGGCCGCCGCCAGCCCUCCGCAGGGGUCUGGCCAAGCCGGCCGGCCCGCAGAGCGUCCGCCAGCUGAAGGAGGCCGAGGAGGCCGCUCCGGUCUUCCAGUACGUGGGGAAGGCGGCCAAGCGGAAGGACCGCGUCUUCGUGUGGGGCUUCAGCUACUCGGGCGCCCUGGGCAUCCCCAGCUUCGUGAAGCCGGACGCGGGCUGGAAGACCCCGCGGCGCAUCCAGCCCACGCCUUACCGACUGGAAACGGAGGAGAAGAUCUCCUCUGCUGCCUGUGGUUAUGGAUUCACACUGCUGGCCUCUGACACCACAGACAUCACCAAAGUGUGGGGCAUGGGGCUCAACAAGGACUCCCAGCUUGGGUUCCAGAGAAGCAGAAGAGAUCGAGCUAAGGGCUAUGAAUAUGUCUUGGAGCCAUCUCCAGUGCCAUUACCAUUGGAGAAGCCACAGCAGACUCGAGUCUUGCAGGUGUCCUGUGGGAGAGCCCAUUCCCUGAUCCUGACAGACAGAGAAGGAGUUUUCACAAUGGGGAACAAUUCCUAUGGGCAGUGUGGCCGGAACGUUGUGGAAGAUGAAAUGUACAGUGAAAGCUAUGUAAUUCAUCAGCUGAAGGAGUUUGACAGCAGAGUUGUCCAGGUUGUGUGUGGGCAGGACCACAGUCUGUUCAGAACCAAGAAAGGCACAGUCUAUGCAUGUGGAUGGGGAGCUGAUGGACAAACAGGUCUAGGACACUACGACAUCACCAGUGUUCCUACUAAGCUACAGGGUGACAUUGCUGGAGUAAACAUCAUCCAGGUCUCUUCCUAUGGGGACUGCUGUCUGGCUGUCUCAGAUGAAGGAGAUGUCUUUGGCUGGGGAAAUUCAGAGUACUUGCAGUUGGCAUGUGUCACAGAAACCACGCAGGUGAAUGUUCCCAGACACCUGCCAUUCAAGAUUGGGAAGAUAAAGGAGGCUGCCUGUGGAGGGACUGGCAACGUGGUGCUGACAGAAGAAGGAAAUGUUUUUGUCUGGGGCUAUGGAAUUCUUGGGAAAGGACCAAACCUAAUAGAGACAGCAGUGCCAGAGAUGAUCCCACCCAGCCUUUUUGGCCGCUCAGACUUCAAUCCGGACGUCCGCGUUGCUCACGUUCGCUGUGGACUCAGCCACUUUGCUGCCCUUACAAACAGAGGAGAACUGUUUGUAUGGGGCAAGAAUCUAAGAGGCUGCCUGGGAACUGGAAGGAUGGAAGACCACUAUUUCCCAUGGAGGGUGACUGUUCCUGGUGAGGUGGUGGAUGUUGCCUGUGGAGUUGAUCACAUGGUGAGCAUGGUGAAGUCUUUCACCUAGUUACUGUUGCUGGGACCUGGUGCCAAGCCUUUUGGAAAGGAAGACUCCUGUGAAGCCAAGCAAGAAGUGACUGUGAGCAGAGAUGGCCAUGGCAGUGCCUGGGGGUGCUGUCAGCUCCAGCCUGGCUGCAGGAAGUGUGUUCCCUAAGGGGAGAGGAAAUGCAAGGAGUGCUCUGGUUGCUUCAUGAUGAGCUCCCAGAGAGUCUGUGGCCCAGCCCACAGCUGAUGAGCCUCUCUGCCUGAGGAUGAAGAGUAUCUCCCUCAGGGAAGAUGUGCUAGAGAUCUCAUCUUGUGCCAAGGACACUUCCUUAUGAAUGCUUGCCCUGUCACCAGCUCUGAGGUGUCAGUGCUGGGCUGAGCCUGACUGUUCCUCAAGGGAAAGGUCUCUUUUGGUAUCUAAUUAUUUUGAAUAUGGGAGAAGUCAUGCUCUCUGGUGUCCAGCACAGCUGCCCUCAGUGCCCACCACCAGCUGCACUCUGCCCAGGCUGCUGUUGUGCAGAAGCUGGAUGCACAGCCAGGGGCCUGAGGCUGCUCUUAGCCCAGGCUGUGGCCGGCUGCUGUGUGGACUCUUAAGGACUGAACAUGUUCUUUAAGCUGUAAGAGGAGGUGUUUGCAGGGAGAGAGUGCUGUUAGGUCAGCCAGUGGGGAAAGGCAGAUCAAGGACUGGCUGUGCUGCUGUGGAGGGGUGGCUGAUGGUGAGAGGAGCCAGCCCAGCCUGUUAGUGGAGGUAGACUGGUAAUGAAGCUCCCUCAGCUGCCUGCAGGGUGGGUGCUCAGGCAGUGGACAUGAGCAGCACUCAGCUGCUCACUAAGUGCUUUUGCCUUCAUGUGCUGAUCACAACCCCCUACCUAGGAUUUUCUGGGGACUCCCUGCACUCUCCCUGUCGUCAGGGCUGUGGUGGCUCUUAGCUGCUGAGAGGUCUUAAAUGAGCCAGGCUUUU